UUGUUUACUGUGUGAGCGUGGAGGGGCGCUAAUGACACAGAUUUUUCACACUGUAAACACUCUGGACCUCUUCAGUCUUCGCAGGUGACUUACUCGCAUAAUGUUGCGGCGAUUGCGAAAAAGGCCACGGCAACCUGCAAUAUUUAUCGGUCUUUAAGAAAUCACUCUGUGAGGGUUUAUUUCCGGGAUCUUUCCACGUCGCUGGGACUGAAAUAAGAUAUCAAAACAUGGAGCUGAGGCUGUAACCAACAAUGCUAAUGUUAGCUCAGCUAGCUAUCAGCCUGUCAGGCUCUCUGGUUCUGGGUGAACAGGAGUUUCACCGUUAUCUUGUCUUUAAAACCUGUAUCAUUGGUUCAUAGCAGCUAGAUUUUGGCUACGUCUGUAUGUCAGUUGGUCAAGAAUCGAGUCUUGGGCUAAAUUAAAGCUCCAGGUGUUUGUUUUAUCGGGUUUUCUUAUUGAUGCUAUCUGCUGGAGAGAUCCAGGUCUAGCUGCGCUCUUUCUCUCCGUGGACCAGCAGCUGGAUGAGGAGGAGUUUCACCAGUGUAACGUCAAGUUUUAGUUUGGUUUUCGGACCUCUCUGUCAAGUAAAAUGGUGUUCAGGAGCUGCUGGAAAUCUCGACAUAAAAACGGGUGCGGACCCUCUCCUUGGUGGAUCCGACCAGGACUGGCAGCCCUGUUCUGGUUCUGUGUGACCCAUAUUGCCUGCGGAAUUGGGGCGGUUGGGGAGACGAAAAAUGUGGUCCAGAAAGACGCAGAGUUUGAUGUCACCUACAAUGACACGGUUACGAGUGAAAACCAGACCAUCUACGCUUUCAAUCACACAAUCUCCAGGAACAAGGUGAGUUUGAGGAAAUUUAAUUUUAUUUCCCUUCUGACUAGAAUCAAGUCUCAAAUUUAACCUGUUUCCUCCCUUUGGUCACAGACGGAGGGAGUGCGGGUCACUGUGGAUGUGUUGUCACGGGGUUUGGAGAGUCCGAUCCUGUUUGUGGUACGCCAGAAACAAGCUGUGCUGUCUUUUCAAGUCCCCCUCAUACUAAGAGGACUGUGAGUAUCCCCACUUUCCAUCAGGAUACAAGUGAAAAUAGCUGAUAUUAGUACAACCUCAAUUCCAUAAGUGUUGAUAGAACAGCUUUUGAUGAUUUUCAGAUCCUUUAAAGUCCAUGCUUGAUGAUGAAAUUAAAAUUCAUCUGCUCCUCUUUUAACAUCUAUCAGUGAACAUUUGGGGACUGAACAGACAUGACUCUGGAGUUUGGAGGGUGAAAUGUCUCAGAUUAACAGCAGGGCUCCUCUUCGACAGAGCCAUGCUGUUUUAAUACCUGCAGAAUGUGGUUUGGCGUUCCCUUGCCUGAUAAAGUCAUCUUUUGGUUUGAAAUUGUCUCCGUAUUCUUGACGGAUUUUCCAUUCUUGAGGAUUUUGUGUCAUCAUUUAUGCCUGUCUGAUGAUUCUAAUUAUACUACGAACUUACUGUCUCACAAAGACUACUUAACCUUAUGUUCAGUAUAAUGUAACAUUGAAGACAAAGAUCCCUCUGUGCACAGUUACGUUCAGAAACACUACUGUAACCUUUGUCGACAGGGAAGUUAAUGUUACUCUAGAGAAGGACAGAGUUUGAUAGUUUUUUAAGUUUGAUGAAUUUGAGAAUUAAGAUUCUUUUUUGUUUGUUUUUAUUGUCCCAUUUUUGAUGACUUGAGGGAUGUGCUUUUCAGUGAAAUGCCCUCAAUUGAUGCUGAUUUCGUCAGGUUGGAUGAUUACGAAAAACCUGAAUUACAAACAGUGACAGUGUCAAAAUAUUGUCGCCAUUACAUCAGCAUAAUCAUAAAGCAGUGUUUUUAGUCACGCUAACCCUAACCUGGAAAAUGCUGGCUCUAAUAAAAUCUCUCAUUAGUGUCGAGUGGCAGAUUAAGAGUUAUUGUGUGUAUCACAAAAUAACAUAAAAAUGCUCCAAUUUGUCAAAAACCUUAUCGCCUUUCCAGGUGUAGAAAUCGUGCUUCACCUUUCAUAAGUAUUAUCAAAUACUCAUUCACAAAUUAUGUCUUUGUUCCUGGAUUUCUAAGCAUAUAAGCUGGCUGUUGAUCUGCUUUACAGUGAAAGAACUGUGAAAUGUAAACUGCUCUGGAUUUGACCUCAGCAGUUAUACAGCAUUUGGUUUUUCAACCUGACUUCAUCAGGUCAGGUUUAUGACAAACCAGGAGCUCAUCUGUGUGUUCCCACUGGCCAACGAACCAUCUGUGGUGUGAUCUGUGUCUCCCACACUCGAGGUGUACUCUGUUAUUGUGCAACAGCAGAAUGGCCUUCUCACGGUAUUACUUGUUCAGUCUCGUGGUCUGGCGCGUUACAGCUGAUUAUUUAUGAACCUUGGACUCUCACUUCCUCUUCUGAGAUCCACCAGAGUAGAUCUGAGGGGCUGUAAACUCUGUCACCAGAGCAAAGUGACUUCUGUUUUAUAGAAAUGCAGUUUCAUGCACUUUUAGAAAACUCCUCCAGUCCAUCUUGUGAGCUUUGGUAUGUGAAUUUAGCAGCAUGUUCCGUUUUGUUCUGUUCAGAGAUUAGCAACACUGAAGGAUCUGGAGAGAUUGUCUGAUUUGAUAGAGGAGUAUUGUGGAAGUCAUUUGUCUUUUUGGAGAUUAAAAAAGGAUUAUAAUUUAUAAACAUGACAUAAAGAAAAACCCAAACUAAACCCACUCAUCAACCGACAGAUUAGUCGUCAGGAAAAUGCGUAAGCAAAAUCCACACGAUCUAUAAUUCCACCUACAGUGUAGUGAGUGAAUCUGAGCCUGAAGGUUAAAUGAACUUCCAAACAAACAAAAAGUUGUUUUUCAGCAUGAAAAUAAAUUGUGCUGAAAAUUGUGCUGAAAUAACCACAAACUAAGAUCUAACCAGCAUGCACCUGCCGGGAAUCAUGUCAAAUCACUGAGAUCUUGAUGUUUUCAUCUUAAAAACACAAAAACUAAAAGCUUUUACUCUGAAUCACAAACAGACAAGUGAAACAUUUUCUACAUUUUUAUCAUUAAACAAACAAACUCUUACAGACUGAAACAACAGGAGCAGUUCUCAUUGCUCUUUGGACUUUUUUUUCUCACUCCAAUAACCUCAAAACUGUGAAAAACAGAUUCAAAAAAAGCUGAAAAAAUUCAGCAGAUUUUAACAACAGCUCUUCAGGUUAUUAAUUAAACCUUUUAAAUGCUGUUCAAAGUGUAUGAAAUGCUGUCUAAUCCAAACUAAAGUGGCUCUCCAAAAAGUGCAAAGGUGAGAUAACUCGCCACGUCAAGCUCUGUGACGACAUUAAAUCCCUAAGUCCAGAACAUGACCAUAAAUCUCUUCAACAUUAAUAUAAUGUCAUAAUAUAGAGGCUGUUUUGAGAGGGAGAUGCACUUUCAGCUGUAACUGUCUCUCCUUCAUCUCCAGCUACCAGAGGAAGUACCCCUACAAUCAUGUGGGACGGACGCUGUGCCAGCCCCCGACCCGGGCCCUCUCUGAGACCCAGUACUUCUUUGUGGACGUGUCCACGCUCUCCAGCCAGGGUACAAACUACCAGCUCAGGGUCAGCCGUGUGGAGAGCUUCACCCUGCAGUGAGUGAAAUAUUUGAUAAAGCCUCAAAAUUCAGCUUCAUACGUUUAACGCCAGGCUCUAUUUUACUGACAUGCUGUUUCCUACUUUUUGUACAGGACAGACAAGAAAUUCAGCUUCACGGCGUCACCUUCCCAGCCUCAGGUACACCGUGUGACACAGUUACUUUAUUUGUUCAUGAAUAACAGAAGAGGCAUCUUUGUUUAAGGGAAGUUAAGUUACAGAGAAGUCACAACAAACAGAAAGAGGGGGUGGAGUAAGUAAGGAAAUUACAGACGAAGAGGAAAGAGGAAGGCGAGAGCAGAAGGAUUUUCUGAUGUUGUGUAAUCAUUCUGAUAGUUUUGGUUUUUCUUUCUGGCCUUUCCAAACACUUCAUAGGUUAUUUUUGUCAUUUCUAAAGUCAGUCACAAAUCAUUGAGUAAUCAAUUUGUCUUCCUUUUGUAUUUUCUCUCAGUACUUCAAGUACGUCUUCCCGGACGGGUUGGACACUGUGAUCGUCAAGGUCAACUCAGAUGUGACCUUUCCUUGCUCUGUUAUGUCUGUUCAGGACAUCCAGGUACAUCUACCAUUCCUCCUCCCCCUCUUAAAUCAGGCUCUUUUGCUCACCCAUUACAUAGUGAUCAGCCUGUUGUUUAUCCCAAAUAUGAUUCAUUGAAGAUCUCUCACUUCUUUCGUCCGUGGUCCCCUCUUUGUAAGCCUGUGCAUUUGUCUCACGUUCCCCCGCUUCAUGUGAAUUAUGUGAAUUGUCUUUUCUCUUUAUUUCUCAGUGCCCUGUCUAUGACCUCGACAACAAUGUGGCCUUCACUGGGAUGUAUCAGACUAUGACCAAAAAAGGCGCCAUCACUGUGCAGGUAGUGUUUGACGCAGAGUCAGAUCACAGUGCGUUGCUCUGUUUCCACCUAAAGACAAGAUUCACGUUUACUCGUCUGCUUUUCUGCUUCUCAGAGGAAAGAUUUCCCCAGCAACAGCUUCUAUGUAGUGAUUGUAGUGAAAACAGAGGACGAGGCAUGUGGCGGUCCUCUGCGAUUCUACCCUCUACGUCCAGAUGAGCUGAUCGAUGCUGGAAACAGGAGCAAGGCUAUUGAUGUGAUGGUCUCGCCUGCUAUCAACUGUAAGCCAUACACAAACAGAGAUGAGCUGUUAUUGUUCUUGUUACCUGUUUUUAAUUUGUAAAAGGUAUAUGCAGUAUACAGUAUGUGCAUGAGCUAAGGUUAACAGGGAAUAUACCUGUCUUUACACUCUGCAGCAGAGGUGUAUGUGAUGGGCAUGCUCUUCUGUCUGGGGAUCUUCCUCUCCUUCUACCUGCUCACCUUGUUAGUCGCCUGUGUGGAAAACAAGCGGUAAGAUACAAUGCCUUUUUUUUUAGACCAGUUAGUUACUGAUUUAACUCAUGUGGACAAACUUGAACGCUUUCCUUUUAAAGUCUGCAGCUCAACAGGACCCGCAGACAAAACCCUUACAGCCAAAAACCUCAGAGACUUUUUGAUGAAAACAAACAGAGUUAUUCAGAGUUAAAGAAGUAGUUAUGCAUUCACAAAUAUGUGUUUUUUUCUUUGUAUUUUGGGAUAAACCUGUGUGAUAUAGAGGGACAAAUCUGCAGUAUGAGGUGGAGCAUGUUUUCUGUAUAUGAAUGAUUUGCAUCUCCAUGUUUCCUCUUCAUGUCUGCAGAAUGAAGAAGAGGGAGGUGUUUCAGAUUCCUGCUGACAUGUCUCCAGCUGAGACAGGUAACCCACAACCCACUUUAAUGGACCAACCUAUGACAGGCUUGUAGGAGGGGUCAUGGCAGAUACCCUUUUCCUAUACCUGUUCUUGGGAGUAGAUGCUGCGAUAAUGUUUGAUUUCAAACCACAGUGAACAAAUUGGAAAGUUACUAACUCCAGCUUUUGAAUGUAGAGCCUAAAAUGUGUGUUUGUGUACUUAAAUGUUUCUUUCACUCUCUCCCCCAUGCUAAUACGUGGCUCAGCCUCCCUGCUUGGGAAGAACGGAGAUGGUAUAACGUCGCUGUUACUCCUGUUUUGUGCUUGCACCACUUUCACACCGUGUUGUUCAUCUGUAUAUCUGCAUCCUGCAUAUGCUGACACAGCUCUUUUGCAACACACAGCAUUCCUUAAUAUUGAUGACUAAGUGAUAUGAGUGAUAACAGCGCCCUUUGAGCUAUGUUAUAACAUCCACAGGGUGCUAUGCUAACAGCUUUUAUGGCAUGCGUCAUAGAGAUAGGAAGUGCAUGACUCACCUGCUUAAAUAUGGCAGAAAAAGCAGCAAUGUUUCAGUUCCAGCCUGUUUUUGCAUGUUAUCUGCGCAGCAAUGUCCAACCUCUUCUCCACACAGCUUUGCAGUUUGUUAUCUAGAGGAACACUUAAAGUUUCCGUGAAAUCAAAGGAGAUUUUUCAGCCAGCUGUUUCUCCAACUCAAAGAGAUAUUCCGGCAUAAAAUUAAGUUAGGGUCAAACACACUGUAACAUUGAGUUAGACACCCCCUCGAGAGAUGAAUGCUGAGGACUGCUUGCUUCUCUAGUUAUACCAACUUAAGUAAUGACCGCACGAUAUCAAUACACAGCGGUCUGAGAAGCCAUACACAAACCUCAACCAAAAAGCCAUUCUGUAGCCACAAAUAAUGCUCAGAACAGCACCUAAUUUCAUCAACAGUACAUAUAGGGUCCUAGCCAUAGUACUAGCCACCAAACAUCUUUUUAGCUUUGCCUGGUUUCUUUAGCCAAGACGCUAAACAGAACUCACCCACUCUCCUCCAGCAGCCGCUUGUAUUUAGGGAGCCCUGAUGAGUUGAUCACCGAGUGCAGUGGUUACUAAAGUUGGUAUAACUAGAGAAGCAAGUGGUUGGCAACAUUCAUCUCUCGAGGAGGUGUCUAACUCGGUAUUAUGGUGUGUUUGACCCUAACUUAAUUUUACGCUGGAAUAUCCCUUUUAGACUACAUCCCAAAUGUUUAUCCGGUCAGUGCAGGAUCUGCUGAUAUGGUUUGAAUUCAAACCACAGAUGGAUUAAAGUGUUUAAACAGAUCACUGUCACUGCAGGAGUCAACACUCCGCACAACCACCAAGUCUGCUUCUGCAUCACUCUGUACCUACAUCAUUUACAGGCGUUCACUGCAGCUGUUAUUUUUCAAACAUGCUUUGCCUUAUGCAGUCAUGGGUGUGCAAAAGUCAGGAAAAAUCUUAUAUCCAAAAUAAAUAAAUAAAUAAAAGGUUACAUAUCAAAUGUUUAAAAUGGAUGAAAAGUGUAUAAUUUAAAAAAAAUAAAUGCUCAUUUUAGAUUUAAUGCUGCAACUUAUUUUAGAAAAGUUUUUUCAGGAACAUGCAUAAUGUUAACAAGGGUUUUUGAGGCGAUUCUGAGCCCAUGCAGUGAUUUCCACUCCAGAGUCCUGUCUGUUUUUAAUGCAGUGCUGCCUGAGGGCCUGAAGAUAAGACCAUCCCAUCUUGGUUUUGGUCCUUGUCCUUUUAGUACAGAGAUUUCUCCAGAUUUUCUGAAUCUUUUAAUGAUAUGAUGUUCUGUAGAUGAUUAAAUCCACUCAUUCUUUGCACAUUUGACACUCAAGAACAUUAUUCUGAAACUGGUGAACUGUUAGCUCACACAGUCUCUCACAGAGUAGUGAACCCAUCAGACUCAGCCUCUCUGAAUGUCCUUUUUAUACCCACUCAUGUUACUCACCUGUUGGAAAUUCACUUCGUUAGUUGGUGGAUGAUGCUCCAGAUGUUACAUAACUUUUUACCUGCUCCAUUGUUCCUCUAAUAACUUUUUAGAAACACGUUGGUGGCGUUAAAUUUAAAAUCUUGAAGUCAGUCAUCUCAGCACUCCUGUGACUCCAUAAGUUUUAUGGCAUUGUGAAAAAACUCAUGCACACAUUGUCUAACUGGAUCCCUGCAUGAAUUUGCCUCCCUCAGAUGUCUGUGUUUGUGAACUAACGGUUUAGUCACUGUGUGUUCGGCCAAGGAGGUUCUUGUCAGUGCCUGUUCAGUGACUUUAAUAGAAAUAUUUAAUGUGUUUACUUUUAUUUACAGGAAAGAUUCCAGCUGCACAGUAUGAAUACGGCUCAUUUGGUGAGUUUUGGACUUUUCUUUGUUCAUUGGACCUUUGGACCUAUCAAGACUCUAACAAGACUGUUCUUCUCCAGCUGACAAUGGCAGCACACUCAGCUCAGAGGCCAUCACAGACAGCGCCACCUCCACUGACAACAACUACGGAUACAUGGGUAUGGGAAAACACGGUCAAAGCCUUUCUUUAGCGGUCCUUCCGUAACACUUGGCAGUCUGUCUUUACAGCCUGGCUUGCAGUAGGAUCCCUGUGAGCAGCUCUGGUCCUUCUCUGAUUCUCUCUGUGUCUUUGUUCAUCAGGACAUGAGCCUUUCAAACGUCGCCCAAUCCUCAGUCACCUUCACCACAUAGCCAUCCGCAUCGGUGACACACUGCCUCCUGAUUGGCUGAUUCAGUUUAAAAAUUCACGCCAAAACAAUCAGCACUUUAUCAAUCAAAGGCCUUGACUGUAUAAAAAGAUGGACAACAUGAAACAUUUAAAGCUUCCUUCUGACUGGCUGCAGUAUGAGUCUUAAGCCCCGCCCCCUCCAUCUUAACUAAUGGGACAUAGACACAUUUCAGUCAUGUUUUCUGUCAGUACAGUUAUAUACUUAUUAUUAUAUAAAGAGGUGUAACACCAUGACUGACAGCUCUGCAGACAAAUGCAGCUCUGCUGUGUAGACUUUGAUCUUUAAUGCAUGAAUAUCAGUGCCUGCAUGUGCAGAGUGUUUGGCUUCAUGUUAUGACUGUAAGAGGAGUUGAAGACAUGUUGUCAUCUUUAUAUACAGCCAACAAACCAAAUCAGUGAGAUUUAAAUGUCAAUGCAAGGAUGAUAUUGGAAUGAACAUCUAAAUCAGAGUACCCACAAUAAUGUAAUUUUGUAAUGGUCUUUGAAUGUAUUAAAAAUUAUGCCUGGGUCUAAAAUCUCUACAAGGUGUGACAUGCCUGAACACCUUUGCAUCCCCCUGAAAAUCUAAAAUCCAAAUAAAAGUCGGCCUCAUCAUUUAUGGUCAUUUAUCGCAAAUAUUUCCGGGAGGGGAUUUAAAAGUCCUCUGCUCAAUCUGACUCGUCUUUUAUUUACUUCUAUCAGAGCGAUCUCUGGAAAGUGUCGGACGGAGCAGACAGGAGUCUCUGAGCUCCGUGGAGGAGGAUGACUAUGACACGCUGGAAGACAUUGACUCAGACAAAAACAUUGUUCGCACCAAGGUAAGCCUCCUCUCUCCAUCUUUAUACAAAUGGAGGGGAGGAGAGUAUCUACCGGCACUGGCUGAUGGAGCUCACUCCUGUCUUCUCACUCUGCAUAUUUCGCCUAUAUCCAAAAAAAAUGUCCAUCUUAGUAACUGAGCUCUGUCUGUGGAGCACUAACAAUCAUGUUUCUCUGUCACUGCAGAAAUUUCUCUGUGUGUCUGACCUGGCCCGCAAAGAUAAGAGGGUGCUCAGCAAGAAAUACCAAAUCUACUUCUGGUAAGGAUGCCACUCAGAUCAUGACAUUAUAAGGCACCGUGUCCUUCCAGCAAACAAGUCUAAUAGUCAUCUCCUUACAGGAACAUUGCCACCAUUGCCGUGUUUUACGCCCUACCGGUCAUCCAGUUGGUCAUCACCUAUCAGACGGUAUGCUAAAGGCACACACAAACACUGAUUCAUAAGAGAACAGAGGUGUCAGGAUGGAAGAAGUCCAUCUUAGAUUUAAAUCAAAACCAGGGUUCUUCCAACUGUUUCUUACCCUCCCCCAGUUAUUUGUGCACAUUCAAAGGGAAAAGCACUUCAGGACUGCAGAGAACUUUCUAGAAAGUUGUAGCUGCAGAAGAAGUCCUGUUUUUUCAGUCACAUUAAAUGACCCAUGUAAUGUGAACUCUAAAGGCAAAGUAAACUCUGGGUGAGGACAGUAGGAGCCAAAAUGUGAGUUUUAUUUGAACUGUGUAUGAAACACAGACUAAGUUUGGAUAUCAAUGUAAUGCUGACUUUGAACACUAGAUGGAGCCUAGGUAUUGAGCAUGCUUAAAGGCCAGGGCUCCAGGUAACCGCACUCUGGUGUGUUGGAAUAGUCUUUUUAGUCUGAUUGUCAGUUUUAUGUUUGAUUUGCAGACAAGCCACAACAUUACUGACAACAAUCUCUUGGUCUUCUCCUCUUGGUCUUCCUCAGGUGGUCAAUGUCACCGGAAACCAGGACAUCUGCUUCUAUAAUUUUCUGUGUGCCCACCCUCUGGGAGCUCUCAGGUGUGUGUUUGUCUCUUUAGGUCCUUCAAAUUUGCAUGCACAGCCACAGCAUGACAAAUAGACCACAGACCUCUGUGUCAACUUUUCUGUUUGGCUGACUCUCACCUGUUUGUGGUGUACAGUGCAUUCAACAACAUCCUAAGUAACCUUGGAUACGUGAUGCUGGGACUCCUCUUCCUCCUCAUCGUCCUCAAGAGGGAUAUCGUCCACAAUCGAGCCCUGGUCCGCAACGAUCUCAAUGCUCUGGUGAGACUCACACAGAUGUGUUUGACCGCACUACCUUGUAUUAAUUUGGCGUGUUGGUAUUUAGAGUAAAUUUGUAGAUUAAAAACCUGCAGUCAGAUUUAUGAACCUUGAACAGCCUGUCAUAAAUUGAAUGUCUUUAUUCAGGAAUGUGGUAUCCCAAAGCACUUUGGUCUGUUCUACGCCAUGGGAACUGCUCUGAUGAUGGAGGGCUUGCUCAGUGCCUGCUACCACGUCUGUCCAAACUACACCAACUUCCAGUUUGGUGAGAACGCCUUUAUUCAGACUUGAAAAAGUCUUCCACACUCAGCUGAGUGAGCUCAGUAAUGAUCACACUCUGGUCACGUUUGUCUAAAAACACAUAUGCAGAGGCUGGGUGUGCAGCUGUCUGCAUACACUUGCCAACAUUUCUUUUUAUUGUGUAGUAGCCCAGCUGCAAAAUGACUUCCAGCAGACCAAUUGAGUGGAUGUUUCAGACCAAACUGUCAGGAACAGACUCCACGAUGGGGGCACAAGUGGCCUUACAUUCAAAGGAAGGGCCUGUGCUCACAGCCUGGCUCAGUGUAGCAGUAAAUAAUAUUUUUUUUUUCAACGAAUGCCACUUGAAAGGGAUAUUCCAGCGUAAAUUUAAGUUAGCACUGAGUUAGACACCCCUUUAAGAGAUGAAUGUUGCCGACUGUUUGCUUCUCUAGUUAUACCAACUUUAGUGACCGCACAAUAGCAAUACACAGCGGUCUACUUCUUCAAUGUCUAAACCUCAACCAAAAAGCCACUCUAUAGCCACAAAUAAUGCUCAGAACAGCACCUAGCUUCAUUAACAGUACAUAUAGGGUCCCAGCCAUAGUAUUAGCCAUCAAACAUUCUUUUAGCUUUGCCUGAUUUCUUUAGCAAAGAGACCAAACACAACUCACCGUCUCUCCUCCACCAGCUGCCUGUUUGUGGGGGAGCCCUGACGAGUCGAUCACCAGGUGCAGCAGAAAAAUUAUGAUCAUUACUUCAUUGAAAUGACGCUAAGGCAGAAGAUCUCCCAUGUCUGCAGUGCACAUACAAGAUACACAAGAACUCUGAUUGCAAUUCUGUGAAGUAAUAAUCAUAAAUGUUCUUCCUUGAGCUGUGAAACUCCGCAGAUUUAAAUUCUGUCUAACACAGUGUUACAGUGGGUUUGAUCAUUACUUAAAUUUACACUGGAUUAUCCCUUUAAGCAAGAAGGGGAAAAAAGUUCAACAUAGACACGUUGCCACUUGUCCACAGGGGGCGCCAAAAUCAACACAGACAAAACAGAAGCUUCUAUAACAUCUUUGCAUAUCAAGAUACAGGUAGUGAUGCACACCUCUACUGCAUGGGUACAGUAACAAAGUACUAUAUCCAUGCAAGCCAGUCAGUCAGUGACAGCAGUCUGCAAUGAUCCCUCUCUGAUGUUUUGAUGUUAACAUGUAGGUGUGUGUGUUUCUUUGCAGAUACCUCCUUCAUGUACAUGAUUGCUGGACUUUGCAUGUUGAAGCUGUAUCAAAAGAGACACCCAGACAUCAACGCCAGUGCUUACACUGCCUACGCCUGCCUGGCUGCAGUCAUCUUCUUCUCUGUGCUGGGAGUGGUAUGAACACAAAAACACGCACAGAUGCACACAGACCUCCUGACUGAGCUGACUUAUUUAUAUUACAGGCCAAAUCACACACACACAUAUGCUCAUGUCUGUGCUGUUGUGUUUGCAGGUGUUUGGAAAGGGAAACACAGUCUUCUGGAUCAUUUUCUCUGUGAUCCACAUUCUGGCCACUCUCCUGCUCAGCACACAGCUCUACUACAUGGGCCGAUGGAGGCUAGGUAAGAGCCCUAAAGUAAACCCCAUUUCAAUGUCUUGAUUUCAAAGGAAAAGUUAAUAUGGUCGUCCUGGAAAGCUGCAUUACUUCUGAUGACCAGCAGGGGAAUGAUGUGAAAAUAGCCUGUGAGAGUUUUUCACUGAAGUUGAUCCUGUCCUCUGUGUUUGUGUUAGAUUCUGGUACCCUGCGCAGGAUGAUCUACAUCAUCUACACAGACUGUAUCAGACAGUGCAGUGGACCCAUGUACAUAGUGAGUAAUCAGCAUAGGAUUUAAAGUGUGAGUCAUUAGUGUUUAUAGUCCCACACUGACUGCCUCAGCACACAGUGUUAGACCUGGGUCAGUGUUAAACCACAUCGUGUUCUCUAAGGUGUUCUGCAUGGAUCCAGAGCCACACUUACUAACUCCUCUUGUGAAUCAUCUCCUCCUCUGUCGCUCUAUCUUUCUCUCACUCUCUCUGUCUGACAGGACCGUAUGGUUCUGCUGGUGAUGGGGAACAUAGUCAACUGGUCUCUGUAAGUAAAUGGUGUCUGUCCUCAGACCAUACAAUGACUUAAACCCACAGCUCUUAGCUUAAUGAUGGCCUCCUCCCUACAGAGCUGCCUACGGCCUCAUAGAAAGACCAAAUGACUUCGCCUCCUACCUGCUCGCCAUCGCCAUCUGCAACCUGCUGCUCUACUUUGCCUUUUACAUCAUCAUGAAGGUUGGUCUGUGCAGGUUUUCAGUCCUCUUUAGAUGUAUUUAAAGAAAAACUGGUUUUGUAAGCUCGUGUCUUUCUGCGUUAAGCUUCGGAGUGGCGAGAGAAUCCAGUGUCUGGCGUUGGUGUGUAUCCUGUUCACAGCUGUGGUUUGGGGCUUUGCACUCUAUUUCUUCUUCCAGGGACUCAGCACCUGGCAGGUCAGUACAGAUGCACUGUCCUCUAUAAAGACACAAGAGUACACACUGACCCUUUUAUUCCUGACACAGAAAACCCCUGCAGAGUCGCGUGAGCACAACAGAGACUGUAUCCUGCUGUCAUUCUUCGACGACCAUGACAUUUGGCACUUCCUGUCCUCCAUCGCCAUGUUUGGAUCCUUCCUGGUAUGAUCUUUUUCUGUCAUCUAUUGCAUGAAGUUUUAAUCAUGACGAGAAAUUUAAACACUAGAUAAAUAUCAUUCUUCUGGUUUUUCAUGAUUUUCUUUAAUUACUUACAGGCAAAAAACAUGGACACAUUCAUGCUGGACAUUAACACACAAAUGAUGAUAUCAAAACAAAAACAUAUGAUAGUUAGGAGUGCUAACCUGCUUCCUCUUAAAAACAUAGUCUGUUUUGAAUCCACAUAAAUCCACUUUCUGUCUUCACCAUUAUUUAUAACUCAUUCUAACAAAGUUUGGACACUUUGAAAAUCCUAACAUCAUGGAAUCAGAGUUUUAUUUAUGAUGAACAAACCUAAUUACAAACUUCUCAUGUCUCCACUACCUUCUUAGGUCCUCCUUACCAUGGAUGAUGACCUCGACACCGUCCAGAGAGACAAGAUCUUCGUCUUCUAGAUGUGUUGGAUCUCUGAAGAGCUCAGCUCCUCCUCUCUGCCUUAUUGCCCUCUCCCCUCCGUUUGCAUCUUCUCGUGUAUGUAAAAGAAGCACAGCCAGUGGCCUGUUUUUCCUCCAGGCAGUAAAGUGGGCGCCUCUCUCUGCCUCUCAUCAGCCAGUCGGGGGCGGGCCUUAGUCCCUCCCCCCACCUGUGUAUGGACACAAAGGUGCCAACAAAGAGCCGAUCGACUCCGAAGUGAUGCUGAAGUGUUUGUCCUCCUGCUGCCAUCAUCAGUACAGCUGUUGUUAUCAAUGUUUACUUACUGCUGACGAUGUAAUUAACAUUGUACACUCUUAAUAGAAAAGAAAAUAAUCUAAAUUAACUUAUUUUAUACUGUCUGCAUUACAUUUGACAUUUCAAGUCAACAAUGCAUUUUGGAAGUACUGUUUGUAUGCUGUUUAUAUGCUGUGUGUGCUUGUACAGAUAUAUAUGUGUGUGUGUGUGUGUGUGUGUGUGUGUGUGUGUGUGUGUGUGUGUGUGUGUGUGUGUGUGUGUGUGUGUGUGGGUUUACAAACAUAAAUGUGAACAUGAAAUACGUCUGUCUGUGGCCUUUAAUGUCCUAAUCAUGUUGGGCACAUACUGUGCUCUGAUUGGUCAGAUCCUCCAGUUAGCCGUCCUUUGGAGAAUUAUAAUGGUGAUGAUUGUAUUGACUUCUCCUCAAGUCUGGACACAAAGGGUUUAUUUGCACUGUACUGUACCGAAAGACAACAUGAUGUAAUGUUGAUAUUGCAAUGAGCGGUUACUGAAUAAAUGUCUCAUUUUCAGAUUCUGUCUGUGACUCCUUUCUUUAUGUCUUCAUAUUUUGAAUAGUGAUGCAUUCAAGGAACAUCAAGUGCAGAGAGUAUGUAGAUAUGCAUAUGCAUAGGAGCAUCUCACAAAAAGUAGAAUUUUGUGAAAAUGUUUAACCGUUUCUUUCUAAGACGGUGCAAAUCACUAUUCAAAAGACACACUUAUCUGGUAUCUCUUUAGUGCACACAGCCACGAUCUUGGUGCAGACAGCUGAUAUGACGGUUCAGAGGAUCCUGAACAAAAAGGGUAAGCCUUACGAGGUCUUUGCUGUCCACAGAGGGCUAUAAGGAAGCAGGUUCAUUAAAGUUGACUGAAGGAAAAGGUGAUCAAGCAGCAGCGAGUCCUUUUCUCAGAUGAAAGUCGGUUAAGUAUCCCAUUUGAAAAUCAAGGUCCCGAGGUCUGAAGUAAGAUCAGUGUGGCCCAGAGUCCAAG